AUUAUGAACAUCCGCAGUGCUAGGCCAAGUGACCUGAUGAAUAUGCAACACUGCAACCUCCUGUGCCUUCCCGAGAACUAUCAAAUGAAAUACUAUUUCUACCAUGGCCUUUCCUGGCCCCAGCUCUCUUUCAUUGCUGAGGACGAGGAUGGGAACAUUGUCGGCUACAUCCUGGCGAAAAUGGAGGAAGACGGAGCGGAUGUGCCCCAUGGACACAUCACCUCCCUGGCGGUGAAGCGUUCACACCGGCGCCUCGGCCUGGCCCAGAAGCUCGUGGACCAGGCCUCCCGGGCCAUGAUAGAGAACUUCAGCGCCAAGUACGUGUCCCUGCACGUCAGGAAGAGUAACCGGGCCGCCCUGCGCUUGUAUUCUGAAACCCUAAAUUUCCGGGUUAGUGAGGUGGAACCCAAAUACUACGCAGAUGGAGAAGAUGCUUAUGCUAUGAAGCGGGAUCUCACACAGAUGGCAAAUGAGCUGAAACGGCUGCUGGAGUCAAAGAAGAAAGGUGGUGUGGGGCUGGGCUCCAAGGAGAAUGAGAAGACCCCAGCACUUCCUGGUUCUGAAGAGUCCGGUGAGAAGAACCCAGCCACUGACCACAGUGGCAGUGACAGCAAGGAACCCAACAAGCCGGAGAGCACCAAUGUCCAGGACAGCCCAGAAGACUCAAAUUCCACCUCCUAG